CACCAGUCAUAGACGAUGGACCGUUGCAGCCACUGCUCGAGGCUGUGGCCGUGAAGUUAUCAACUCAGGUGUCAUUGAUGAGUCCGAAACAGGUAUACACUCAUCUUAUAUCGUGUGAAAUGACGCCAACUUUGAAUACGCUACAUGCACAGCUCAAGUUCCUGGAGACGACCUUCUUGUCGUGGCUCGCAACCGUAAGAAGCUCAACCAACAUCAAUCGCUUGCCUGUGGAGAUACUCGAGCUCAUAUUUGCCCACGUCCCGGAACCAUUCGAGCUAUUUCCGGAGGAAAAGCAUGCCAGUCCCUGGUCCUACGGAGUUCUCGACAUUUGCCAGCUGGGUCCGGCAAUGCUUGUGUGCCGGCACUGGCGGAACGUCAUCAUCGCAAACCAGGCACUAUGGGGACACAUCUCAAGCCAGCGUCAGCCAGCUCUGCAGAGGGUGUUGAGAGGGUCGGGGGUUAGCCCGUUGCACGUUGCCGUGAGCGGUGCCAUCGGCAAGACGCUCAGCAGAACGUUUCGCGACACGCCUGCGCGCCUGCGCGAGCUGCAUGUCCAUGAUGUCGACCUAACGGAGUUAGCGUCGUCUCUUACCUUCCCUGCUCCGGAACUGAGGAGCUUGACUAUCAGCAAGACGUCCCACUGCGGAUAUGAUAAUCCAAAUGAUGCAAAGGCCUCUAUCCUCUUUCAAGGAGCUGCGCCGGCGUUGCAGUUCCUGUGGCUUCGCGAUGCCGAUAUAUAUCUCAACUUUCAUCUUCCGAACCUCACUCACCUCACCCUCACCGCCUGCCACGGUGCCUCGAGACUUCUACCGUUCCUCUCGAACACUCCAAACCUAGUCCACCUAGCCAUUUCCGAACCGGUGUCCGCGAGCAUACCACAGCUUGAAUCUCCGCCGAUCUCUGAGUUGGUAGCACUCCCGAAGCUUCGUUGCUUCGCCCUGCACACGUCCAGAGAUGUUUCCAAGGUGGGAGGACUGAUCCUAUCGCACCUCGUGCUCGGCGCCGAUGUUGCUGCCUACAUCAAAUACGCAGCGAAGUGGCAUCGCCCACAUAUACAGGCCUUAUCCCGCUGGUCCGUUACGGCAAGCGUCACUCGAGUAUCCGUCGUUGUGGGAGACUAUGGGUACCAAGGCAUUCGCAUUCAAGCAGUUGGUCCUUCCGGCAGCAUAUGCCUCGAGCAGGGCGUUCUGGAGCAGGAUACGUGGGUCGAGGAUCUGACAACGCUCUUCUCUUCGGCGCACAUACAGGAACUGUGGCUGUCGGAGAGAUGGGAGGAGCAGCCCACGCCAUUGCUGAAGACACUUCUGCGACGCGCUCCACAUCUGGAGAGGCUUGUAUUGAACGUCGAGCAAGUCGACGAGCUGGUGGAUGCUCCGACCGUCGAUGAUCCGGUCUGUCUCGGUCGUUCCAUCACAUACGUCCUCCCUUUCGACGUCGUCCGGAGAGAGCUGGAGAAGAGCAAGCUGGUCCUGCAAAGACUAGUGGAUGCGCGGGAGCGAUUGCGCACGCCGGAGGUGACGUUAGUGUUCUGCGUGGACAACGAUGAGGCCGAGCAGGAUGCCCGCGCGAUACUCGAAGGCUUCGAGACGCCCGUGCGAUAUGUCGUGACGCAGACCCCGCCCAGAAUGACCAUGCCGUCAACGUGUCCCGUGCCUGAAUAUCCCUGCCAUGCAUGGUCAAUGCGGUCAAAGUGACGACAUCAAUCAUAAAAAUUAUUAACAUUCGUGGAGGUUGGUGAGUAGGGGUGGUAAAUUGUCAUUUUCGUCUCGAGGGCUGUUUUGAGCUGGAUUAUGCGAGUUGGCGCACGGUAUUCGUUCCCCGGACGUUAUGCUCCCGCUCUUCUGUUUAUUGGCCUCCAUCAGACAUUUCAGUCCGUUUGGCGCUCUGGAAUGCGUAAUCGAGCAAGUGUGCGAUUCAUUCAACUAUAGUUCUUGAUGGAGCCGAAGGGCUCAUGCUGCGUGUCACGUCCAUUGGCGUAAUUUUAAAGUGUGCUCGCGGUCAUGAUGCUGUUGUCCGGUGAAUCGUGAUAUGCGUUCAUUUCCAGGAUAAGGAAAGGCGAGCAAAAUCGUGUAUGAAAGCUUUAUUAACGAUUCCGCGCAUUUGAU